AGUCAACAACUCUGCCGCCCCACCUGAACACGCACACGGCUGCGCAACGCGAAGACACCCCGAAUCCCCUCCAUUCCCACCCAAAUUCCAGCGAAAAAAGCCAACCAAAAUGCCGCCUCAGCCUCCCCUCCCCCUCCUCGUCGCCGCCGCCCUCUUCCUCCUCCUCCCGCUCGACGCCGCGCAGGGGUUCCGCGGCUUCUCCUACCUCCUCAACUGCGGCGCCGCGUCCCCAACCACCGACCGCCGCGGCCUCCGCUGGCUCCCCGACGCCCCCUACGUCUCCGCGGGCGUCCCCCGCGCGCUCCCGCUCCCGGGCGGCCUCCUUGACCCCACGCUCGCCACGCUCCGCUCCUUCCCGCACCGGCCCGGUGCCAAGUUCUGCUACGCGCUCCCCGUCGACCGCAACCGCCGUUACCUCCUCCGUCCCACCUUCUUCUACGGCGCCCCCGACCCCUCCGCGCCGCCGCCCCCCGUCUUCGACCUGAUCGUGGACGGCACCUUCUGGACCGGCGUCAACACCACCGAAGAUAGCUUGACGGGCAGCGCGUCGUCCUACGAGGGCGUAUUCCCCGCGAGGGGCAGGAACAUGAGCUUCUGCCUCGGUGUGAACCCCGACUACACCGACGCCGGCCCGUUUAUCUCCGCGCUGCAGGUGAUCCAGCUGGACGAUUCGGUGUACAACGCCACGGAUUUCGGGAUCAGCGCCAUGGGGCUCAUUGCGCGCACCAAGUUUGGCUCCACUGGGGAUAUCGAGAGGUACCCUGAUGACAGUUUCGAUCGCUAUUGGCAGCCAUUUCCAGACAGCAAACAUGCAGUUACUAGUACCCACAAUGUUACAUCAGCUGAUUUCUGGAAUCUUCCUCCUCCUGAUGUGUUUAACACAGCUUUCGUAGCGGAACAAGAUGCACCACUGGUGUUGCAAUGGCCUCCAAUCCCUCUCCAGAAUGAUAGCUAUUAUGUUGCUCUUUACUUUGCUGAUACAUCAUCUGAGAAUCCAAGGACCUUUGAUGUAUAUAUAAAUGAUUACCUCUUUUACAAAGGUCUAAAUGUCACAUCAGCUGGUCUUUCUGUCUUUGCAACACAAUGGGUUCUCUCUGGCUUGACCAGAGUUAUAUUGACCCCCGCUUCUCCUUCUGCUCUUCCUCCAAUAAUCAACGCUGGCGAGGUCUUUGGACUUUUCUCCGUAGGAAGAUUGACACUCCCUCGAGAUGCACUUGCUAUGGAGAGUAUAAAGAAAAUCCUUCAAAAUAUACCUGAAGAUUGGAAUGGAGAUCCAUGUAUGCCUGCUGGAUAUGCUUGGACUGGAGUUACUUGUGAUGAAGGAUCAAGAAUACGUGUUAUCUCAUUGAACUUUUCCAGUAUGGGCCUCGCUGGAUCUCUUUCUCCUGAAAUUGCGAAGCUGACUGCUUUGACUGAUAUAUCUUUUGCAAACAACAGCCUGUCUGGACCUAUUCCAAAUCUUAUAAACCUAAGACGGCUCCAACGACUGCACCUGCAAGACAACAAGUUAAAUGGGACAGUACCUCAGACAUUGGGAAUGACAAAUGCUUUGAGUGAACUAUUUUUGCAGAACAAUGAGCUAUUUGGAUCAGUUCCACAGAACUUACUGAACAAGCCAGGAUUGACUUACAAGUUUCUUCCGGGGAACCACUUCUCUCCACAACCACCGCAAUGACAACCAGACAUUUUGUGCAAACAACUAGAAGGGUACACAGCAGGAUUCAGAGUUAGCAGGACAGUUGUUGAUUCUUGUAGGUGCUAUAGCAAGAUUUUGUAACCAUUCUGUACAUAACAGCAAGAUAGCAGUCAAAUGAUUCGAACAGUCAAAGAUGUUGGCAACAGCAGGUCAAGAAACAUAUACUGUACUGGUGUACUGGUUUGGGUACUGUAGUUCACACUGAAUGUGUUCAGGACAAAAGGCUGGGAUACAGUACGGAAGUGAAACAGUGUAUACAUUGGUUAAUCAACUUAAGACUCUGUACAUUGCAAAUUUGAACUGAAUGCUUAAAACAGCUUGUGUUUACAGUGCU